AUGAUAGUUAACAAUAAAGAUCAAUCAAUAAAAAAUGCAAUACAAUUAAAGAAUGCAUUGAUAAAUAUGUAUGCAAAAUGUAAUGAUAUGAAAAAUGCUGAGCUGAUCUUUCAACAAAUGAAACAACGAAAUAUUGUUACAUUUAAUUCUAUGUUAAAAGGCUAUACAAUCAAUAAAAUGGCACAUAAAGCAAUGGAAUUAGCAAAAUUAAUUGAACAACAGCAAAUAAAGUUUAGUGCUGUUACAUACAAUUUAAUCAUUAAUGCAUGUAUCCAGAUUGGUAAUAGUGAAAGUUUCGAAAAAGGCAAGCAUUAUCAUAAACAAUUGUUACAGGAUGAAAAUAUUCAAUUGUCUGAUGAUAUAAACCUACAAACAUCACUGUUAGAUCUAUAUGGCAAAUGCGGUGAUGCGAAAAUGGUUGAAAAGAUUUUUAAUAAUAUGAAUAAUCGAGACGUAACAGCAUAUGGUGCAUUAAUGAAAUGUUAUAAUUUGAAUGAAUUACCACUUCGAUCAAUUGAAAUAUACAAAAACAUGAAGCAGCAAUCCAUUGUUACUCAUAUAUUGGUCGUUAAUGCAUGUGCUCAACUCGGUUUUAAAGCAUUACUUGAAAACAUUUAUGAACAAAUACCAGAGGAAUAUGUUCAUCAUAACUUAAUGAUACAAAAUUCCUUGAUCGAUGCUUUUUCUAAAUGUGGUGAUGUUAAAAGAGCCGAAAAUAUUUUUAGCUCAACAUCCAAACGUGAUAUAAUUACGUAUUGUGCAAUGAUAAAUGGAUAUGGUGUAAACGGUUAUGGCCUUGAAGCUGUCAAUUUAUUUUACAAAAUGAAAGAUGAAGCAAAAAUCAUACCUGAUCAACAAGCAUAUGUUUGUGUUCUUAAUGCAUGUAGUCAUUCUGGCUUAGUUGAAAAGGCGAAAUCACUUUUUCAAUCUCUUAGAAAUAAAGAUGAAAAAGUCUAUACAGCAAUGAUUGAUACACUAGCACGUGUUUACCUAUUUGAUGAAGCUCAACAACUCAUUAACGAAUAUGAACAGCAACAAGGAAAUAAACCGUAUUUACCAAUGUAUAUGGCGUUAUUAUCGGGUGCAAGAAAUAAGCAAGAUGAUCUAAAAGCAAAAGAAAUUUAUGAUCAACUGUGUUCCAUACCUAAUGCGGAAAAUAAUGCUUUGGUGGCUGCUUCAGUUUUAUUGGCUAAUACAUAUUCUGCACAUGGUAAUUUUGAAGAAUCAACAAAAGUAAGACAACAACUGGCAAGUGUGAAAAAACUAGCGGGCGUUAGUUGGACAGAAGUUAAUGGUCAAAUUUUUGAGUUUAAAGCACAUGAUCGACGUCACCCACUAUCAAAUGAAAUUUAUCAAGAAUUAGAUAAGAUGAUCGAAGAGCUCAAACAGGAUGGAUAUGAAUGCGAUAAAAGGUGUGAGUUGAUUACUUAA